AUGUCUUCUCUCAUAGAAACUCGCCAGAGCCUCGUCGGCACUUGGAUCCUCGUUGAAUACAAAGCUACAGAUACCGAAACCGGCCAGGUUAUCCAUCCUAUGGGUCCCAAAGCCCAGGGUUUUCUUAUAUACAGCGCCGACGGAUUUGUGUCUGCGCACCUCAUGCAACCCGGAGCCCCAGCUUUCUCCGGCAAUGAUAUGGAACGAGGUACGCAGGAAGAGCUUGCUGAGUCCAUGAAGCACUACCUAGCAUAUUGCGGGCGUUACAACCUAGAGGAGGUAAACGGAGCAAUUAAGGUCAAGCAUAACAUGGAAGUUGCCUCGUUUCCCAACUGGCUUGGAAACGAGCAAGGGCGCUUGGUCACAUUGAAUGGCAACAAUUUGGAGCUCGAUACUGCUAACGUGUAUCUCAUUGAUGGCCAGUAUGUGCGCGGGUCGCUUGUAUGGCGAAAGGCACAGUCAACAGCCGAUUAUUGA